CCCACUUUCUUUUCCUGCCCGGAUUUCUUUUCUCGUGUGACUAAAACUAUCACUUACUUUUCGUUUGACAAAAUGGCAGCAACUGCAAGGCGAAGCAUGCCUUUGCGAAAAAUUACGAAUUCAGUCGUGUACAGUUGUCCCUCAGAUUCUGACGAUUCUGACUUGGAGGACACCGCAACAAAAUUUAAACAAAAAAACCCAAACUUCAAGAAAGUCCCAGAACUUGCUUCUCUAGCUCUGCCAGUGGAUAUUUUACAAGCAUAUAAACUGAAUGUAGUGCAGAACAACAGUAAACGGGCCAUUGACACAAGCUCUGCGGUUAAGCAGCAAGCACACAAACAAGAACUCGAUCAAAUGAAAAAAGAUAUACUGGAAAAGCAGAAUAGAAAGAUCGAAGAAGACCUGGAGAGAAUUCGUAUGGGUCUAUCUAGUUUGGAUGUAAAAUUCACAACAUUGGAAAAAGAGCUUGAUGAAGAGUAUAAUCAGUAUGUGGUUGAAUUAAGCGAGCGAGUCAAAAACGCGAUCCAGAUAGACAAAGAGAAGCAAGCAAAGCUGAAAGCACAGAAAGAAGCGGAAGCCAAGGCACAAAGAGAGAAAGAACAAAAGAGUCUAGAAGACAAACAGAAGGCCGAAGCAGCCGACAAAGCUAGAAAGGAGAAAGAAGAAAAGGCGCGCAUGCAGCAGGCCAAACAAUCGUCGGCAUCAGUCAACGGUAUUGAAUUAUACGCUACAUACAUGAAAAGAAUCGAGUACUACCGAGAACACUACAAGCCAAAACUUCAGGACCAAAAGUUCCGGUCAACUGUGUUUAAAGAGCGAAUGCCGAUAAAGCGAUAUUUGAAGCAAUUGCAGUUUAAGCGAGAAGUAGUUGAUCAGCGGUUUAAAGCCAUUAGAGACCGUCUUUUGGCCGCCAGAAGCCAGUCAGAAGACGCCUUUCACAUUCUACUCAAUUACACAGCAAAGGAUUUUCUGCGACAAGCACGGUCUGAAAUUUCAUCUAUUAGUUGGGGUGCCUAUUUUUAUGCACGUUUUGCGAUGCUAUUGGGCGCAGCCAUUCCAGAAUUCAUGGAAUACUUACUAGCUCGAUUAUACAAACGUUGUCCCUACAUGAUUCCCAACUAUCAUGAUGGUUCGGACGUUUCCAUCGAUGACAUAAAACGACUUCAGCGAUACGAGCACGUUGACGACGAGAAGAAAGAGUUUCAAACAAUCGACAUGCAUUACUUAUAUCAAUACUCAUACGUCAUGUUCUUUGCCGCACUCGUUCAAAUGGGUCAACAGCUCGGUUCUGAUCCGCCCAAUCCGCAUGGCAUCGAAAAUGGCUGGCUUUGGCUGGCUCGUAUCUGCAAUGUUCCACCUCGACCUAUCACGCCUGGCCUUAUUCACAGUUUCCUUCAAAUUGCUGGCCGUGGAUUGUUGCGCGCAUAUCCCAGACAAGCUUACAAGAUCUAUCAAGUCAUUUUUAACGACGUGUUGCCUGCGACGCCGAAAUCUCGAGAAAAUGCAAGUCCACUGAACGAAUUACAUCGGUUACUGGAAGACUUUUUUACAACUGGAGAAAUGAGCAAAAUGCCAGAAAAGGCAGAAAGCAAAGUUUGAGCUACUUUUGCGCUCACACACCUUACAUAUCCUCCCUAUUUUUAUCAUUGUCACUCCCCCCUUUGUUCCUUACUAUUCCUUUUUCUUCAUCCUUACUUGCCAUGUCACUACAUCCAUACACACACACACAUACACACACAUCGCAAAGAUAUAUGUGUCUCGUAUCAUUUUUUUCCCUCAUUUUCAAAAGCACAGAGCAUUUGUUUUGAUUUGUUUUUUUUAAUUUGACGA